AUGGAGUCCCCUGAAGCUUCAGGUUGGGAGAAGGCCAUGAAAGGUGAGAUGGAAGCACUCAAGGAGAAUGACACGUUUGAAUUAACCACCUUACCAGAGGGUAAGAAUUUAGUGGGGGGAAGAUGGGUCUAUACCAUCAAGGAGGAUGCAAAUGGUUUGGAAACAUUAAAAGAAAGAUAUGUUGCAAAAGGGUACAGUCAAGUGCAUGGUAUUAACUAUGAGGAAACUUUUUCCCCAACUGCCAACAUUACAUCAAUCAGAAUCCUUAUGCAACUUGCUGCUCAAUAUGAUCUUACUGUUCAUCAGAUGGAUGUCAAAACAGCUUUCCUUCAUGCCCCUAUUGACCAUGAAAUAUUCAUGGAGCAGCCAAUGGGCUUUGAAGAGUUGUCACAGAACGGUGUCAAAUUAGUCUACAGGUUGAAGAAAUCUCUUUAUAGUUAG